GGGGGAGAAGAAGCACAUGGGGUCUUACGGCCGUGUAAAUGCCACAUGGGGAGAUCAUUUCUACUCUGUGGUCGUCAAUAGUACGCAGGGCAGCUGUGGCAGCACCCGGGGCGAGACCGGUGACGGUCAGAUCGUGACUAGAACCCUUGUCUUACAAAUCGGGGUGCCAUUGACCCUCAUCCAUCUGCUGCACCUCCUUAUAAGACGCACCGGCCAGCCUUUCUUCGUUGCAGAGAUGAUGGCAGUCGUGGUGUUGAGCCUCCUCAGUCCCAUGAAGUCAUUGUACAGUUCUUCAUCCACAAGCUUGGAACUCUUAGUCGGCCACGGCCUGCCGGUGCUGGGGUUCAUGAUGGGCCUGGACAUGAGCUUCAGUUCCUUCUGGAACUCCGACCUUGGGGCCUUCAGCGUCGCAGCGGGCGCCACCCUGUUCAGCGUCGCCCUCACGAGCGCCUGCGGCUUCUUCUACCUGAGCCAAGCCUUCGAGAUGCCACACUCCCUGUUCCUCGCCGUUUUCUGGAGCCUCAUUUUCUCCAACGUAAGCUCCCCGGUGUUGAUCCAGGUGUCGACGGAGCUGAAGCUGAUAAGGACGCGGAUAGGCCGGCUGGCCGUCUCUGCCGGCCUGCUCAGCGACCUCUCCACGUUGCUGCUCUUCGGCUUCGCCAUCACCCAGGCGACGACCGCCAUCAGCCGCUACCACGGCCCCGAAGGCACCGUCGCCUUCAUCGUGGUGCUGCUGUUGCUACGGGGGCUGAUAGCAUGGGGGGCAGAGUGGGUGAACCGGAUGAACCCCGAGGGGAAGAGGAUGAAGUCCGGGCACCUCAUGAUCUUGGCUCUGCUCGAGUCGGUGGCCAUCUUCCUCGGGCAGGCCGUGGGAGCGGACGCCUUCUAUGCGGCGUUUCUGCUGGGGCUGGUGUUUCACAAGGAAGGGAGGCUGGUGAGGGAGGUGAAGAGCAGGUGCAAUGCCCUGUGCAGUUACCUUGUUCUGCCCGUGUUCACGCUGAAGGUCGGGAUGCACGUCGACCUCGCGUCGAUGAACAGCCUGCAGGCUUGGGGCGUGCUGUUGCUGCUGAUCACGCUCAUCACAAUGGGGAAACUGGUCGGCACGGUGGUGGCUUGCUCCAGGAUGGGAAUACCCUUGGACGAAGGCGCCGUGUUAGGUUUUCUCCUUAGCAUUAAGGGCUACGUCCAUGUAGUCGUUGCUCAGCGCUGCUUCGACCACGGACUACUAGAACCGGUGCUUUUCACUCAAAUAAUAUUGGCCAUCCUGGGGACCGACGUUCUGGCGCCGUUGCUGGUCAUGACAAUCGUGCGGAAGGCGCGGCGCACAAGCCCACUACCGCGGAUGGCCCUGCAAUGGAUGGACUCACGGUUGGAGCUCCGAGUCUUGGCGUGCAUCGAGGACAAGAGGGACGUCCCUAGCAUGGUCAACCUCGUCGAGGGCCUGCGCGGUCCCACCGAGUCCAAGCUCAUGGUCUACGCCAUGCAUCUCGUGGAGCUGCCCGACGACUCCAACACGGUGCUGGUAUACCAGGAAAACCAGCAGCACAUGGAGGUGGUGACGUCGACGGAAGCGCUGGACCAACAGAACCAGAUCGCCGCCACCUUCCGCUCCUAUGACCAGCAAGCCGGUGACGGCCUCGUCGUCCGCCACAUGGCCACCGCCUCCUCCUUCUCCACCAUGCACGAAGACGUCUGCAACGCCGCCGAGGACAUGCGCGCCACCCUGCUCGUGCUGCCGUUCCACCGCCACCAGCGCGUGGACGGCCGCAUGGACCUCGGCAAUCUCGGCUUCCAGUCCGUCCACCGUAAGGUCCUCCGUCAUGCCCCCUGUUCCAUCGCCAUUCUCGUCGAUCGCGGCCUCGGCGGCACCAGCCUCCUCUCCGCGACGCAGGUCUCCCACCAUGUGGCCGCCAUCUUCCUCGGCGGGCCCGAUGAUCGCGAGGCCAUGGCGUUCGCCGCUAGGCUCGCGGAGCACAGGGGAAUCAGCCUCUCGAUCGUGCGAUUCCUGCCGGAUGCCAGGAGUGAGCCCUCGUCGCGAGUUUCGUCCUUGGCCCCCUUCAACGUGGGGCCGGACAGUGCGGGGAGCAUGGCGGAGGCGGCGAAGGAGGCGGAGGCGGACGAGGAGUGCAUCGCGGCGUUCAGGGAGAGGUACGUGGCCGCGGGGAUCGCGAGUUAUGUGGAGAAGUACGUGUCGAGUGGGGUGGAGACUGUGACGAGGCUGGGGGAGCUGGAGAGCCUGUACACGCUCUUCGUGGUGGGCCGCGGAGGCCACACCUCCUCGGUGGUGACCAGUGGGAUGAGAGAGUGGGAGGAGACGCCGGAGCUCGGACCGCUCGGCGAUGUGCUCGCUGCCUCCGACUUCUCCGUUACCGCAUCCGUCAUAGUCGUCCAGCUGCACAGGACCGAAACAGGGACAGACGUUGAGCUCCUAUAAUGAACAGCAAUUUUGGCCCCUUCAUAUUGAUCAUACAUUCUUUAUAAAAAUAGGAUCAAUAUUUCUGCUUCUAAUGGCACUCGGCUUUGCGUUGAUUCUUACCAAUCUGUAGAAUUAAUUCCUCUUGACUACCGAGUUCACAGCAUCCCACUUAACUGAUGCCCAGUUCACCGCAAGAACGAGUAGAAAUUUCUAUCGAAAAAGGAAGAAAGAGAGUUAAAUUAAAUGUCAAAAGUCACCCAACCAUUUAAUUUGGGUUGUUUAAUUUAAUGUA